CUUCUGUCUCUGAGGCAGAGUGAGAGUGGUGUGCGUUGAUGAAAGCCGUGAAUGCCAGGUUUUUGACAUGGGUUUGCAAGAAUCCGAAAGCCUCACAUGUAAAGUGAAUGUGACCCUUCCCUACACUACUCCGGUCGUCGGCGUCAAGUUCAAACCCGCGGUUCGAGUUGCGGGCAUAACCUCCCUUCAAGCUCCCCAGCAUAACAAAAAAUUCAGUUGGUACCGGGAAAAGAUUACUUGUUCUGUGCACCAUCUUCAGCUUGCUACCAUCCAGUGUAUGUCUUGUGUGGCAUUAGAUAUGCCUGUCAGAGAAAGUUACUAUUGCUCUAAGCAGUGCUUCUUAGAUUUAUGGCCGCAACACAAGGCACGUCAUUGUCUUGCUGCUGAAAGUGUCAGUAAGGCUUCAAAUGAUUGUUACAGUUUGAUGGGAAGGCUGAGAAGUAGUGGCUCUUGGACUGGCUUUGGAAUUGGCUCAAUAUUUGUUGAGAGUGAAACACUGGUGGAACGAGAAGGGAAAACAUGGAUUAAGGUGGGCUCAUCAGAAACUUAUGUGCCCUCAAUGGAUGAUUUUGGCUUCUGUUUGAUGUUUGAAUCUUUAGCAAUAGAUUGUUCGCUUGGAUUUCCCUUGUCUGAAAUAAAGAGCAUCAUGACUGAUCCGGUAAUCAUUCCUCCCCACCCUUGCCCUCGUCAUAUGAUCCAAAUUCAACACCUGAAGGAACCUAGGAACAUCGUUUUUGAGUCUCAAUCUUCUAAUGCUGAUACUUUUAGUGUGCUAUCCUAUAACAUCCUUUCCGACAUUUAUGCUAGUAGGAAUGCACACGUAAAAUGUCCUGGAUGGGCUCUUGCAUGGGAGUAUCGUCGGAAAAAUUUGCUCCUUGAGAUUACUGGAUAUGAUGCAGAUAUCAUCUGUCUCCAGGAGGUACAAAGUGAUCAUUUUGAGAAUUACUUUAAACCCAAGCUAACAAAACGUGGCUACUCAGUUACUUACAAGAAAAAAGCCAUGCAGGUGUACACAGCUAAUCAAUUUAUAAGUGAUGGGUGUGCUACAUUUUUCCGACACGACCGAUUCAAAGAAAUAAUAAAAUAUGAGCUUGAGUUUGAUAAAACAGCAUUGUCAGUGGUUGAAGGAUUGGAACCAGACCAAAGGACUCAGGGCCAAAUUCGUUUGAUGAAGGGUAAUAUUGCACUUGUUAUAAUAUUAGAAAGAGUGGAAAAUGGCAGCUCUCUUGGUGCUUUUCAGCCUAGAAUUUGUGUGGCAAACACUCAUAUAUAUGCCAACCCAAACCUUCCAGAUGUAAAACUAUGCCAGGUUGCAAGUCUUGUUAAAGGACUAGAGAAAAUUGCUCAAUCACAAAUUCCUCUUUUAAUUUGUGGGGACAUGAACUCUCUUCCUGGAAGUGAUCCUCAUAAGUUUCUAGUCACUGGUAGAAUUUGUCCUGUCAGUAGCAAGGAGACAGCUGAUCCAUUGGGUAUAUAUAAUCUUCUCAAGCUUCAACACUCGAUUCCUCUGGUAAGUGCCUAUUCAUCUUUACUUUGUUCGGGGAGAGUGAAGGAAGAUGAAAAGAAGAAGAUGAACCAGGAGACAAAAGAGCCUGUAUUCACCAAUCUUUCUGGAGGAAACUCAUCAACUUUGGAUUAUAUUUUUCACACAGGUAUUCCAGAUAUUUAUCUGAGCUGUUGCCGUGGAUUAAGUUUUUCACCUAUCGGAAUACAUUCAAUGUAUGAUUUUGCUGCUAAGUUUGCAUUGCCUCACACAAACUGUAUAGUGUCUAUCUGGAAACCUGACACCUCUCUGGAUUUAUAUAGAAGGUGAUUUAAUGGUUGGCCAAAUAUUAUUUUAGGGCAGCUAGAAAGGCGGACGGAUUAAAGCACACUCAUUGGAGAAGACAUUUCCCAAAAUAGCUUCUGAAUGUAAUCGAGUAGGGAUCAUGAUGUUUUAGGUAGGCCUUUGUUAUAGCUGUAUUUUAGUUUGCAAGUAACUAUUGUCUACCUCUACCAAAAGAAAGAAAGAAAGAAUUUAUUAGUAUGCCUUGUUGGGAUAAUACCCCUGAUUUGAUUCAGUACAGAGUGAAUAAGCUAACUUUAAAGGGUAACUCUAGGGAGAAAAUCUUGAUCUCUUACCCUUGGAAAAGUGAAUAGCAGACUUUAAUGUGGAAACUGUUUUGAUAAAUCUUGACCUGGCUUUCAUUAGACAUUGCUUUUUCAUAGUCUAAUUGCAGCCCUUUUUCAAGUUGUUUCCAUUCCCAUAGCAAUGCCAGGAUCGCAUAAUUUCAGUAUGCACUCCCUGUUGCUCCUUUAUUUGCUGGUUUUAUUUUGUUAACGCUUGCUUAAAUUUUCUGUGUCCAAAUUUUUGUUUCUGCAUGAUAUGAUUCCACACUGCAUUCUUUUCCUUCUAAACUGUAUCUGAUGUCUCU